CUGCAAUAUCCCAGAGGCGCAGCUAGUCCCGCGCUGCGAGCUCGCGACACGAGGAGAAACCACGACGUCCGUUCACCCGGUAGCCCUCGGCAGCGACGGGCCGGCGCCACAUCACCUGGCGUCAACAACGACGACCAGUAUGACCAAGGUGGCGCCGGCGCGGAGUGUCUUUGGUAUCACCAAAGACGGUCUGCGCAACAUCAACGUCGACCAGAUGAUGGAGGCCAAUGUCAAGGCGUUAGCAGACCUCGGUGGCCUUGACGGCCUCGCCAAGAAGCUCUGCGUCGAUCUGCACAUGGGCCUCUCGAGCAACGAAGCCUCGCAGGGCUUUCUCGAUCGGCGCAGCGCGUUUGGCAUGAACGCCUUUGAAGACGCACCGUCCAAGUCGUUCAUCACACUCUUCCUCGAGACGCUCAAGGACACGACGAUCCUUGUGCUCAUUGCCGCGUCGGUCGCAUCGACCAUCACCGGGUCGAUCGAAGACCCGAAGAAAGGCUGGACCGAAGGCGUCACCAUCAUGAUUGCGGUCCUCCUUGUCGGCCUCGUGAGUGCUACGUCCAACUAUACAAAAGAAAAGCAAUUCCGCGCGCUGAGCGCCAAGAACGACGAAUUCAACGUCAAGGUGCUGCGCGAUGGUCAGUACGACGCGGUGCUCGUCACUGAGAUCAACGUGGGCGACAUCAUCGUGCUCGAAAAUGGCGACCGGAUUCCUGGCGACGCCGUCCUUGUCCGCGGCCAAGACGUCAAGUGCAACGAGUCGAGCUUGACGGGCGAGCCCGACGAUGUCAAGAAGAAUGCUUCGUCUGAUCCGUUCUUACUCUCGGGCUGCUUGAUCUCGGCCGGGCGCUGCGAGGCCGUCGUGACCGCGAUCGGUCUCGAGUCGCGCUGGGGCCGCAUCAAAUCCAAGCUCGUCCGCGAAGAGCGACCGACGCCGCUCAUGGAGAAGCUGGAGGACAUGGUCAAGAUCAUCGGGUACGGUGGUAUCUUCUUUUCCGUCGCCACCAUGGCCGUGACCAUCCUCAUGUACACCUUUUCCACCAAUCGCACGGUGGGCUGGACCGACAUCAUCAUCCACACGUUCAUCAUUGGCGUGACCAUCAUCGUUGUCGCGAUCCCCGAGGGGCUUCCGCUGGCCGUGACCAUCUCGCUGUCGUACUCGACCAAGAAGAUGCUACUGGACCACAAUCUCAUUCGGGUCCUCGCGGCGUGUGAGACGAUGGGCAACGUCACGAGCAUUUGCAGCGACAAGACGGGCACGUUGACUGAGAACCGCAUGACGGUCGUGUCCCUCUGGGUCAGUGGUCGACGGUACGACGCCCCGCUUGACGCUAUCGAGCUCGAUGCCAAGUUUCUCGACGAGCUCAGCAUCAACAUUUGCGUCAACUCGACGGCCGAGCUCACGAAUCACGGCACGACGGUCCAAGGCAAUAAGACCGAAGGCGCGCUCUUGCUCUGGCUUCAGUCGCGCAAACUUGCAUAUGCAACCGUGCGCGCGACGCACUUUCAGCCGGGCGACCGCAUGUUUUCAUUCUCGUCCGAGCGCAAAACCAUGACAACCAUUGUCCGACGCGCGAACGGCACCUUCCGCCUCUUUAGCAAGGGCGCGGCGGAAAUCGUGCUCCAGCGCUGCAGCACCAUGCUCACGUUCCAGCGCACCGAGGUGCCGCUGUCGCCGUCGACGCUCCAGGACAUCAACAACGUCAUUGUCGAGAUGGCCGACCGCGCGCUGCGCACGAUCUGCGUCGCGUACCGAGACUACACGGAGGCGGAGCUCCCGGCCGACCUCUCGACGCUCAAUGAGCCGCCGGAAGCGAAUAUGGUGUGUGUUGCAAUCUUUGGCAUCAUGGAUCCGCUGCGCCCCGACGUCACCGAGAGCGUCGCGGCCUGUCGACGCGCCGGCAUCACUGUGCGCAUGGUGACCGGCGACAACAUCCACACCGCCAAAGCGAUCGCGCAACAGUGCGGUAUUUUGACAAAAGACGGGGUUGCGCUCGAAGGGCCCGUGUUUCGAACCAUGCCGAUCGACCAGUUGACGCCGCUCUUGCCGCGGCUUCAAGUGCUCGCGCGGUCGUCGCCCGACGACAAGUACAAGCUCGUCAACCUACUGCGCGACCGCAACGAGAUUGUCGGGGUCACGGGCGACGGCACGAACGACGCGCCGGCGCUCCGGGCCGCCGAUGUCGGGCUCGCCAUGGGCAUUGCUGGCACGGACCUCGCCAAAGAAGCUUCGGACAUAAUCAUUAUGGACGACAAGUUUUCGUCCAUCAAAAAGUCGGUGCUCUGGGGCCGGUGCGUCUACGACAACAUCCGCAAGUUUAUCCAGUUUCAGCUCACCGUCAACAUUGUGGCGCUGACGCUGACGCUUCUGAGUGCGAUUGCGGGCUUGGACCCGCCCUUGAACGCUGUCAUGAUGCUCUGGGUCAACCUCAUCAUGGACACGAUGGGUGCGCUGGCGCUCGGCACCGAGACGCCGAAGGACGACCUUCUCUUCCGCCGACCGUACCGCAAAGACGCGUCGAUUGUAAGUCGCAUCAUGAUCAAGAACAUUCUCGUGCAAAGCGCGUUCCAGCUCAUUUUGCUCCUCUUGUUGCUCUUUUACGGGGCGACGAUGGUCGGUGUGCAUCCGAGCGGCCACUGUCUUGCGACGACGUUUUCGCUGAAAUCGAAUCUCAACGUGACGUUACCACCCGAUUGCGUCACGAUGACAGACCACCCGUGUCCGCACUUGCACUGCUCGCUCUACACGACAACGACGCCCUUGGACGACGUGCCGCUCGCGUGCGUCGACGCUGUGUGCACGCGCGUCGACUUUUCGCUCAACACGUUCAUCUUCAACGUGUUUGUGUUUUGCCAAGUGUUUAACGAGAUCAACGCGCGCAACGUCUCGAACGACUGGAACGUCUUCAAGGACCUCGCGACCAACGGCGUCUUUGGCAGCAUCCUCGUCGCGACCGUGCUCGUCCAGAUCUUAUUCGUGCAAGUGGGCGGCGACUUUACCAAAACGACGGCGCUCGAUGCGAGCCAUUGGGUCUACUCGAUUCUACUCGGGUCGCUUUCGCUGCCGCUAGGGAUCGCGAUGCGCUUUAUACCAGUGUACGAAGACGAAUCGUCCUUUGCCAACCCCAACAACCUCGACGUCCACGCCACGAACGACACAGCGUGCGAGACUUAGUUAAUACACAUGGAUUAUUUUGAUAAAUCCUCGACGUGAUCGACGACACCCGCUAGCCCGACCGUCCA